UGUCGGACUGUUCCACCAGCAGCGGCGGCGGGGGGUGAGCGGCGCUCCGUGACCAUCACACUUCUGCUGCGCCGUGUUGGACGGUUUUCGCAUGUAAACAAAACCAAACUAACGAACGUGGAUUUGUCGUCGCCGUCUAACCGUGUCCGAGUUGUGUUUGGCUUCGUGUGCGAUGCGCCUGUGUUGACACGACCCGACUCGGCUGGUCUGGAUGAAAUGUAAAGCGAGUUAGCUGAUUAAUCGCUCGGCCUGUGGCGCAUCGACAGCGGCAGCGUCUGCUAGCCGAGCUAAGCUAAUGCGCUCGGGCCUCGGGACUAAAGUUGAAGUUGCAGACGGACUUUACAACUUCUGACUCCCGCUCGGAGGCUCGCAGAGUCGCGCAGGGACCCACGUCGUAAGGCCACUUGGAUGAGGAACUGAAGCUACUCAGACCACCCAGGAGAAAGGAACCCAUUUGAUGGGAGCGUCCUCUUUCCUGAACUCCUGGGGCAAACUGUGAGCAGUUAUCAUGGACGAUCAGGAGGCACUGAACUCUAUCAUGCAGGACUUGGUUGAACUGCACCGCUCUAGCCGGCCAGCCAUGUCUCUGUCUGACCUGGGCAAAUCUAAGGCCUCGUCUCCCAAGAACCAGAACGAUAUUCGAGUGAAGUUUGAGUACAGAGGGGAGAAGAGGAUUCUGCAGUUUCCUCGGCCCCUCAAGCUCGAUGAUCUGAGCACCAAAGCUAAAGUGGCAUUUGGGCAGACCAUGGACCUGCACUACACCAAUAAUGAGCUGGUGAUUCCUUUGAGCACUCAGGAUGAUCUGGAUAAGGCCGUGGAGCUGCUGGACCGUUCUGUCCACAUGAAGAGUCUUAAGAUUCUGCUGGUGCUGCCAGCAUCUUCCCAGAACUCUGUGUCCAGCAUGGAUGUGCUGCCGACUUGUGAGAACCUGGACAAUACGGACAGAAACAACAUGUUGGCCCUUAUAGGCUCUCAGUCCACAGACCGCAGCUCACCUCCUCCAGGCUACAUCCCCGAUGCCCUGCAGCAGGUGGCCAGGAACGGUUCUUUCACCAGCAUUAACAGCGAGGGAGAGUUCAUACCCGAGAGCAUGGACCAGAUGCUGGAUCCACUAUCCAUGAGCAGCCCUGAAAAUUCAGCUUCAGGCAGUUGUCCUUCUCUGGAUAGUCCACUUGACGGCGAUAACUAUCCUAAAUCCCGCAUGCCCCGAGCUCAGAGUUACCCAGACAACCAUCAGGAGUUUCCCGAGUGUGAUAUCCCAGUGUUUGAAAAGUCAGGGAAGGGUGGCACAUAUCCACGGAGAUACCCAAUCUUUGGUCUGCAGGACUACAGUGAUGGACGCAAGACGUUUCCGCGAGCACGUAGGACACAGGGCCAUGGUUUCCGUUCUCCAAUGAAUUUUAGCCCAACCGACCAGAGCCCAAGCACCAGCAGCGGAAGCAGCAUCUUCACACCUGAGCUGGAGGAGCCAGUACGCCGUCGCCGUGGCAGUGACAUUGAGCCCAACUCCAGCACCAACCCAACCCUCUCUGUCAUGGACAUCAGCCCGCCCAGCCGAUCUCCUCGUGCCCCCACUAACUGGCGUCUGGGUAAGCUGCUGGGACAGGGAGCAUUUGGUCGAGUCUUCCUGUGUUACGAUGCUGACACAGCCAGAGAACUAGCCGUCAAACAGGUCCAGUUUGAUCCAGACAGUCCAGAGACCAGCAAGGAGGUGAGUGCGUUAGAGUGUGAGAUCCAGCUCCUGAAGAAUCUUUGUCACGAGCGCAUUGUCCAGUACUACGGUUGUUUGCGGGACACGCACGAAAAAACUCUGUCCAUUUUCAUGGAGUACAUGCCUGGGGGCUCAAUUAAAGACCAGCUAAAGUCAUACGGUGCGCUGACAGAAAACGUUACACGUAAAUACACACGGCAGAUCUUGGAAGGAGUAUGUUAUCUGCACAGCAAUAUGAUCGUACAUAGAGACAUCAAAGGUGCCAACAUUCUGAGGGACUCAGCGGGGAACAUAAAGCUGGGCGACUUUGGAGCAAGUCGCCGACUGCAGACCAUCUGUCUUUCAGGCACAGGGAUAAAGUCGGUGACUGGAACGCCCUACUGGAUGAGCCCAGAGGUGAUCAGUGGAGAGGGCUACGGGAGAAAGGCUGAUAUCUGGAGUGUUGGUUGCACCGUGGUAGAAAUGCUAACUCAGCGACCUCCCUGGGCAGAGUUUGAGGCGAUGGCAGCCAUCUUCAAAAUUGCUACUCAGCCCACCAAUCCUUCGCUCCCACCCCAUGUGUCUGACCACUGCCGUGACUUCCUUAAGCGUAUUUUUGUGGAAACGAAACAGCGCCCGGCUGCAGAGGAAUUAUUACGGCACAUUUUUGUUCACUAACCCAUCCUCCCCCUCCAUCACUGACCAAUCAGAAAGAACCCUAAGUGUCUGUAGACUCUGCCCUUUUCUAGACUCCUCCUGGGCCUGCUGUAGAUCGCCCCAUUGGACCAGAAAGAGCGUGGGUGUGACUUAGCAGGUAGGAGGCUCACAUUUUAUGCCUCUUGGUGGAGGACAGCAAUUGGGAGCAGCUUGAUUUCCGUAUGAAAACAUUUGCACCUUAAUUUCACUCGGGGGUAAGUACCCCUAAAGACAUUUGUUAUCUUUGUAUCUUUGUAGACUUUUAAGCCGUUUUGUUUUUUGUCCUGAGUUGUUAUUCCCUGCAAUUGUGGAAUUGGGAGCCUUAGCUCUGGGGAGUCUUGUCAAGUUCUUGACUCGCUGGAUGAAUCCGAGAGGCUGUCUGGUCCUGACUCGACCCAGAAUGUACCGUCAGCACCCGCAGAACACGUCCGGUAUGCCGCCAAGCUGCUAGAGAGAAAAAAAGGCAAACAUAAAGGGGACAGAAAUGAAGAAAGGAGACCAACCCAUCCAACUUGGCUCUCCCAAGUUCUCAUUCUCUUGCACAGUUUGUGUAAAUGACACAUAUACACACACACACACGUUCCUAAAGGACUAUACUGUAGAAUAUGUCACUCACUAUGCUGUACAAACAUUAGUUUGCUGUACCUCCCUCUCUCUUUCUCUUUGUCCACUCUUACUUACCAGAGAGUGCCACUGUGUUGUGCUGUAGAAUCUGGCAGGGUUGUGAUUCCUAUCUUUCUCUCUCCUGACCACAAUCCUUUUUUUACUGUGUGCCUUUUUAGAUUUGUGGAAGCUUGUUUUUUUUUUUUUCCCUGCAGUUCUAAUUUAGUUUUUGUCAUGGUACACAACCAGUUUGUACCACAAUGGCUAAGCGUUCUGCUAUGAAUCUACAAUAUCUCUGCUUAAACCUUUGCCUUCUCUCGUUACCCAGUGCCCCCUUUCCGUUUCAAACUGACUCCAGGUCAGCUCCUCAAGCGCUCCUUUGCCUUUCUGUAACACAGUGCCGUAGUCUUCAAUCUGAACCGAGGUCCUCUGAAACAGGUUGAAUAUCAAUACAUUCACCAAAGCUCAAAGCCCAGAAACACAUGCUGGGGUUGGUGCCUAGACAGCAGCUCAAAGUAGUCUCAUUUGCCCUGUUCAAACACAUGGAAGAUUGACUGAAUAUGCGAAUGGCUUGUGUAGGUUUCAGUGCCACUACGCCCAGAUCCUUGCAAUGGCCGUAUUUUGGAAGAAAACAACACUCUUUAGUAUUAUUAUCUUGGUGGGUUUUUUUUGCAGUACCGUAACAUAUGAAGAAGAAAAAAAAGAUUGUUUCCAUCCGUUUUUCUAGAGCAGACCUCAGAAUGCCCAGCAUGAAUUCAUGAUUCAAAUCAGUGCUCAGUACUUGACGAUAUGUAACAGUUUGAAGUUGACCUCAAUCCCACAAUGCCUUGACACAGGUAUUUUUUUCUCACCAUCUUGUGCUCUUCUUUACACUGCUUGACAUAGUCAUGCACAUGUGCAUGUGUACGCGCGCACACACACACACACACACACACACACACACACACACACACAAACCAACACGCACACACUACUGCAGUAUGCUUAUGCUCUUAUCUUUAGUUUGCAAAAAUGCAGCGACGUCUGUAAAUCAAAGAUUACGUAUCGCCUCUCUCCUCCUGGUAUGUUUUUUUCCUCGGUACGCAAUUUCUGUUUGGUACCACUGAGCUAAGUUCACCCCCCCCCCAGAACCUUUCUCUGUACUUUACAUUGUCCAUUGAGGACCAUAGUUUUUACAUGUGCAGCACCACUUGAUUUCCCUAAUAAGUGCACAUAUUUAAAGGAAUACUCCAGUGGUUUUCAACCUAAACUCUUUCUGCCACCUCAGUAAUGUAUGAUUACCAUGGCUAAUAAUCUGAACCCUUUUCCCUGUACAAACACAAUAUACAUUCAUAUGAAAAGCUUUUGGGCAGUUGCUGAAUUGUCAGUGAAGCACACUUGUACCGUUGGACAGUUGCAGAAUUGUCAGUAUAUGCAUGGUCAGUAUACUGUCAAUAUGUUCUUUUUAAAAUUUGGACUAUUUUUUCAGAUGGAAAAAACUGGAGUGAUAUGUUACCAGUGUAGUGGUAUGGGCUGAGUUGUCACAGAUUCCCUUGUGAUUGCCGUGGAUACCGAAAAAACCUCAGAUCAUUGGAAAAAAUUAGAGAACAGAAUCCAGUAGAGCAGAAUUGGCUCUAUGCCCCCCAAAUAAUUGGGUCUGUUAGCUGACAUAACAGAAAUGAGAGUUAACAUUCUCCUCCAAGCAUGUCGAGCUGUCCAACACUGUUGUGUUAGUGGCAGUUUGAAAAGAUACCAUGGCGCUUCACGUCUCGCACAGUCAUAACAAAAAUCACCUGAUCAGCUAUUAAAGCUAACUGCAGUUAUUUUCCACGUGUUUGUCACAGUAGAGACUAAAUUUUUAUCAGUCGACGCAAAUGCACUUAAAACGAAAGCAGAAAACGCAUUUAUUGACACGGUUUUAUGUAAUUAUAUGGUAAAUAAUCAUCAGGUACAAUUUCAUGCUCAUGAGAGGUGUAUGUGCCGGCCUUCACCCUCCUACCUUGGUAGCAUACUGUGAAUGGAGGAGAGCUAACUAGCACAUGGGAAUUGACCAUGACUAAAUUGGCUGGCCAAAAUUGGGCAAAAUCCAAAGUUUUUGAAAGACAUUCUCUCAUGUCAGUCUCAUAUUAAGACAUGUAUUGUUAGAUUUUAAGUAGUCCAUAUUGUCUGUUAUAAUUCACAUUAUCUGUUUAUGUUCUCAGGCCUCAGUAGCUGCUCAUUGGCUUCUUUUAAAAGAGUGUUGUAAGUUUUUCCAGGAAAGUCCAAGAAAAUGUGAUGAAGUUGUCUGUAGAAUCAACGGUAUGUUACAGAAGUGGCAGAUAAAGAUUAGGCUGAAAAAUAAUGGACUAGUCCUUUUAUAAAGAAGUGAAAUGUUGUGCAUUGUUGGCUCAAAUGGUGUAAGCUCUCAGUGAACAGAGAUCCCUGUAGUGAAUUUAUACUUUCAUGCUCAGAGUGCGCAAGUCUUGACUGAAAGUGCACUUGGCGUGCCUUUUGAAGGAUGCAGCUAUUAAUGUCCACACUGCUACUGGUUUUGGUAGUUUUCACUUAUCCCGCAUAUACUCUUUUCAAGAAAGCUAACCAGAGAUUCCAAUAUAAAUUUGUAUUAUUAGCUUGGAGUUUUGAUAGAAUAGAUUGUUGAUUUAGGAAUGACCUCUAGAUUUAGCAUCACUUCAUUUGGGACGGUCUGAAUGGUUGCGUAAGCUUGAGUGACAGCACUUUGACUCAGUUAUUGAAUUUUUGAGUCAUGGUUUUUCAUUCUGGUGGAAAGGAAAUUACUCAGUUGUUUCUUGUAAGGGAAGUCUGAUGCCACUUUGAUGGUUAUGUUUCAGAAAUAUUUUACUAUAUUUAAACAGGUACUGUAGUGCUCAACUCAGAGCAGUGGUACAGACAGGCUGCGUAAUAUUGGAGAAUACUUGGAACUAGCCUGGUAGAAGACUGUUAUUGUUUUUAAACAAUGAAUUGGUUUAUUUUGGUCAUGGUUUUAUAAUGGUCGUGGCUUUAGGGUGGCACUGCAUACAGUGAACUGCCCAGAUGCACUGAAUGCUUUUAUCUAGAUGAAAUACAUUUCCUACCAAUAGUCGGCACUGCAGCUCUGUGAUGAGUAGCAUCACUAGCAAAUCUGCAAGCCUGAAUAGUCAAGGCACUAAAAUGCCUCUGUACAGACUUUGACCAUUAAGAAGUUACACUCCAACAAAUGUUUACAGUUUUUGCACUCCAGGUACUGAGGAACCAUUCUGUUUUACUCCUAUUUACGGAAUCAUCAGUUCGGUCGAAUUCCUUUAGAGUGAUUUAUAGCAGCCAGUUAAACUAAUAGAUGCAUAGGGAAUUUCACAAUUUCUGCAAUAUUCAGUGGUUGAGAUGUACAGUAAUUAGGAGUGGUUUAAUGUGAAGUGGUUCAUUAUAGAGAAAUAUGCCAAAUUCUUUUCAAUUGUGGUGAUAGGAACCAAAGGUUGUGAUGUCUACAAUGCAAAUAUAGCCAUUUUAUUUACUAUCUCAAACCACCAGUGAACCUACACGUGUCUUCUGUGAUUUUAUAUGUAAUGUUGAUAGUAGUUAAAUAGUGGUAAAUCUGAAAAAGAGAUUUCUUUGGGGACUAUUUGGCCUUACAACUCACAUUUUCCUCCCCACCAGGAAUAGAUUUAAGGAAAUAUGUUUUAGGUCUAAACCUUUUUAAAGCUGUCGUAAAACAGUGUCUCAGGCAUCAGACAGAAUAUUCAUAACCACUUCAUGUAAUAACUUUUUAUGAGGUAGCUUUCCGUUAAACUCUUCAGACGUUUGGUUCUUAUCACCACCACUGUGAACCAGUUUUCUCUAGAACAGUGCAUUCCGCAUCAGACCACUCUGAAUGAUAUUCUUUAUAUCUUUAAAGCUACGGUUAUGCAGAUUUUUUUAAAAAUGGAUGAAAUUCCAGUUUAAUGGCACCCAGCUUCAUUAAUACAAGGUCAGGUACAAGAUAUGGACCCCUUGGCAAGUAGCCAUUGAUGUAUUCCAGCUCCCUCAAAAAAAACAGAGC